CCCGGGAGCUGGAUGCUGAGGCCGCCGGCCCGCACCGCUCUCCUAGACCCACCGCCGCCGAGCGGCGCGCCUGGGAGGGGACCGCGGGAGAAGCCCGUGCCCCGGUUCCAACACAGCCGGAGAACACCACAUUCCUGCGGUGGCCAGCCCUGCUUCAGAGUUCCAGGCGCAGAAGCUGACCCCUACCCGAGAGUAGGCGCCAUCCUGCUUCCCCCGCCACAGCCGGGGUCUUUUGCCCGCCCCCCCCCCAAAACCAGUUCGCCAUCAUGGAAAACGGGGUGGAUUCGCUUCCAAGUGACGCCUGCCCUUAGAGAAAGGCCCAGAAGUUGAACGAUGCCAGAGCUAGUGAAUAAGAUGGAUGAGAAUACACUGCAAUGUUUUUACCGGCCUUCCUUUCCAUUGGAUGACAACUGGCAGAAAAAUUCAAUAUUUUUUCAUGACACCCUAAGAAGACACUCACAAAACAGGACUUCCAGAACUUCUUCAGAAAGUGCCAAGAAUGACGAGAUGAGCACGUCUGAGGCAAG